AACCCGCCGGUUUCCCCACAGCCAGCCGGGCGGUUCGGAAGGCAGAGCAGAGCAGAGCACUUCCCCUCCCGACCCGGCCUCCCCUCCCCGCGCAGCCGCGCUUGCAUCUCCCACCACAGUCCGUCCGCCCGCCCGCCCGCGGCAGAUCCCGAGGCGGCUCGCAUUUCCGUCCGCCGCCCACCCGCCUCCAACGGCCGGUUGCCCACGCCCCGCUCCGCCCCGACGACACGCGAUCCCAGUUCCCAAGCCCGAGCGAGGUCAACUCAAAGUACCCCCGCGCCCGCCCGCCUUAAACGUUUGUCUUCCCUCCCCCUCCUCCUCACCCCGCCACGACGCAGUCGCAGCAGCAGCAGCAGAUCCACCACCGACGCGCGCGCCGCGCGCCCCGACGCGGAGCGCUGGAUCCCGCGCAGCAGGAGGCGGCCAACCCGUCGCCGUCGCCCCCGGCCCCCACACCCGCCGCAACCGCAAGCGCCGGCCGCGGCGUCCGCUACCGCACGCCCUCGUCCCCGGACCUCCUGCUCCUACCCACCGACGCCGCCAAGAUGCGCCGCUACUCCGCGCUCCCCAACGGGGGACGCCAGGAGACGCUGGCCGACCGCGCGCACCGCUACCGGGGCGUCCUACUCGUCGUCCUCGCACCGCUCGCGCUCGUCUCCCUCGUCCUCCUCCUCAUGCCUCGCUCGCCCUCCGGCGCCACGGGUGUCGCCAGGAGGUCCGGGCCCGCGGGGGCUGACAAGUACGCCGUCAUCUUCGACGCCGGGAGCUCCGGCAGCCGCGUCCACGUCUUCCGCUUCGACUCUAACCUGGAUCUCGUCCACAUUGGCAGCGAGAUCGAGCUCUUCGUCCAGAAAAAACCGGGACUUAGCGCCUACGGCAACGACCCCCGGGAAGCUGCCGAGUCGCUCGUCUCUCUCCUUGAUGAAGCCAAGCGAGUGGUGCCCGUGGAAUUGCGCGAUCAAACGCCUGUCAGAGUCGGGGCCACCGCAGGGCUGAGAAAUUUGGGCGCACAAAAGUCCGAGGCGAUAUUGCAAGCGGUUAGGGACCUUCUCCGCGAAAAGAGUUCCUUUAAAAACAAAGAGGAUUGGGUUACAGUUCUUGAUGGAACGCAGGAAGGCGCAUACGAGUGGGUUACUAUCAAUUAUCUGUUGGGAAACUUGGGAAAGACUUAUGCAGACACGGUUGGAGUAGUUGAUCUUGGUGGUGGAUCUGUCCAAAUGGCAUAUGCUAUUGCAGAGAAGGAUGCAGAAAAGGCUCCUAAACCAUCCGAUGGAGAAGAUGCAUAUGUGAAGAAACUGUUCCUCAAAGGAACCACAUAUUAUCUUUAUGUUCAUAGUUAUUUGCAUUACGGGUUGCUGGCAGCUAGAGCAGAGGUCUUAAAAGCUGGCAAUGGCAAUGGUUACAGCAACUGUAUGUUAGAGGGAUUUCAAGGGCAAUACAAAUAUGGUGAUGAUUCAUUUGAAGCAUCUGCUUCACCUUCUGGUGCUAGUUAUUCAAAAUGCAAGGAUGAUGCAGUGAAAGCUCUUAAAGUUGAUGAAGCAUGCACCCACAUGAAGUGUUCUUUUGGUGGCAUUUGGAAUGGUGGUGGUGGUGCUGGACAAAAGAAUCUCUUUGUAGCAUCCUUUUUCUUUGAUAGGGCUGCUGAGGCUGGAUUUGUGAACGCCAAUGCAGCUGUUGCUAAAGUUAAACCCUCGGACUUCAGACAAGCUGCCGAGCGUGCUUGUUCGUUGAGCGUCAAGAAUGCCGAGGCUACCUUCCCUGGUGUUCCAAAGGAUAACAUUCCAUAUAUCUGCAUGGACCUUGUUUAUCAAUACACGUUACUUGUUGAUGGAUUCGGCGUUGAUCCAAACCAUGAGAUGACCUUGGUAAAGAAGGUCCCUUACAGUGAUGCAUAUGUUGAAGCUGCAUGGCCACUUGGCAGUGCCAUCGAGGUGGCAUCUUCAUCAUAGGAAGGAAACACAGUUUAGCAAGGUAACAUCGAGCGACAUUGUUGUCAUGAAGUUUUGCUUUGAGAGGUUUUAUUUUUCCCUUGAUCGCUUACUGAAUUCACACCAUUUUGUCACUCAAUCCAUUCAUCCUCUUAUACGGUACGGUAGCUCUACACAUAAGGGAAUUCUCUGUUGUAGUGUUGUACUUGGUUCCAGUCCAGCGGCCAUUGUAAGGCCUAUUGUUAUUAUUGUUAUUAAUAUUUGUAUACUACUAAUGCAAGUAAGAUGAGAGCCUCAAUCAUUCUUUUUGACCUCUAAUAUACUGGGAUGUGCAUGAUAUAAGUGCCAUCGUUCUCUCA